UUUGCAUUUAAGAUGAAAAGCCUUCUUUGUCUGUAAAUAUGCUCAGUCCAGAACUCAUUAAAUGGUUUUAGCUUUAUCUGUUUCAAAUUCUGUAAAAAAAAAAAAAUCUCCUAUUUAGAACCUUUUGCUAUCCGAUCAUUGAUGGAUUAAUAAAUUAGCAAAAUAAUCGUUAGUUGCAGCCCUACAGUUCAUCCUUAACAAGACCUAGUUCUAAAUUCGGUUCAGCCAAGUUAUUGAAUGAAUGAAUGAACAUCUUCCACAGUCAAAAUAACACAGUAAUACUGAAUAACUGACAGAUACUCGAAGUUGAAGGAAAAAGGGGCAGAAGCUUUUACUCGGGGCACAUUUAUAAAGGUUUUUACAGCCAAAUAAAUCUCAGUGGCCAAUGUGAUAUUUUGACAAGAUAAGAGGAGGUUGUGGGUAGUGUACCAUGGGGUACGACGUUACGAGGUUCCAGGGUGAGGUGGAUGAAGACCUCCUUUGUCCCAUAUGUAGUGGAGUACUAGAGGAACCGGUGCAGGCUCCACACUGUGAACACGCCUUCUGUAAUGCCUGCAUAACCCAGUGGUUUGCCCAGCAACAGAUUUGUCCUGUUGACCGCACAGUAGUGACACUAGCGCACCUCCGGCCUGUGCCUCGCAUCAUGCGCAACAUGCUGUCCAAACUUCAGAUCAACUGUGACAAUGCCAGCUUUGGCUGCACAGCUACACUGAGGUUGGACCAGCUGCAGUCACACCUCAAGGACUGUGAGCACAACCCGAAAAGGCCGGUCAGCUGCGAGGAGGGAUGUGGGCUGGAAAUGCCCAAGGAUGAGCUGCCCAAUCAUAACUGCAUCAAACACUUACGGAGCGUCGUCCAGCAGCAGCAGACCAAGAUUUCAGAGCUGGAGAAAACUGUGGUAGAACAUAAGCACCAGUUGGGGGAACAAAAACGAGACAUUCAGCUGCUAAAAGCGUACAUGAGAGCAAUCCGCAGUGCAAACCCAAACCUGCAAAACCUCGAAGAGAGCAUAGAGUACAAUGAGAUCCUGGAGUGGGUAAACUCCAUGCAGCCAGCCAGAGUGACCCGCUGGGGCGGCAUGAUCUCCACACCCGAUGCCGUGCUACAGGCGGUCAUCAAGCGCUCCCUCAUCGACAGCGGCUGUCCCCUCUCGAUCGUGAACGACCUGAUCGAGAACGCCCACGAGCGGAACUGGCCGCAGGGACUGGCCACUCUCGAGACGCGGCAGAUGAACAGGCGCUACUAUGAAAACUACGUUGCCAAGCGCAUUCCUGGCAAGCAGGCGGUGGUGGUGAUGGCCUGCGAAAAUCAGCAUAUGGGGGAGGAUAUGAUCCUGGAGCCUGGCCUGGUUAUGAUCUUUGCACACGGAGUGGAGGAGAUCUUAUAACCCUGCAGCUCGCUGCACCCAUCCAGAGACAAGUGGGGAUGUUUUGCUUUCACUCAGAGGGAGUGGUAGAGGGGAUUUUUUUUAUCCUCUUUAAAGUGAAACCUACAAAAAUCUGGCUUAUUUAAAACAAAAUCUUAGGCUCACUCCUAAGCUUGAUACUAAUGCCUUAAAGUAAGGACAAAUACUUUAUGAACCUGGCAAAUAUAAACAUAAUCUGAGGUCUAAGAUGAAAGGUGAGAUAUGUUUACAAGGUUUAUAUUUAGUGCAUUAUAUGAUCUGAUUGUUCUGCUACUAAUAUAGUAAUAAGCUUAAACCCCCAUUUAAUGCCCUCGCUUGUACAAAUGCUUGUAAAUACAAAAACUAUAUUGAAUUCUAAUUGUAAUACUCACCACUGUAAUUAGGUUGUGAUUUGUUUGUCUCGGUUCUGUUUGAGCCCGUGUUGCCAUCUGGAGGGACGUCGCCUCUGAAGAUUUUUGUGCGCUUGCUUUAUUGUUUAGUUUCCUGUGAAUAUUUCACAAGACGUCGUGCUCUCCAGAUUAGAUUGUUCAGACCUUCUGUGCCAUUUGUUUUAUUUAUUGUGUUGCCUUCUUCUUGCAAACAUGAUUGAAGAUGUUACCAUUUAAUGUGUGGGAAACUGCCUUCGGUGAAUUUGAAGUUUGUUGCUGGAAGUUUUUAAAAAAUUGUCGUUUUCUUUGUUGCCUCUGUUGUACAUAUGGUCUGUGUUAAGUCCGGUUGAGGUGUUUAAUUUGCAGUUAUCAUUUGAAACGUCACUCAGUGCUAUCAUUUUGAAAUAUUAAAAAGUUUCACUUGAUGCUUUGUGAUUUAUUUUCAUUUUGAAAUGUAAAAAUGUAGGUUUUUACAGUUGGCGGCCAUCUUUUAGUGACACACUGCAGCAAAACAGAAUUUGGAGAUUGUAUAAAUAUUUGUGAAGUCCAUCUUAAUGCUUUUGAAAAUUUACUUACUGCUGUAGUAAAAGGAACCAAACUUAAGAUGAUGGUUUAAAAGCUCUUACAGGCAGACUGUGCCCUUCGCUCUCUUCCUUGUUAAUGUUUUAAUUUUGUCUGUAAUGUACGGUGUUGUACAGACAAGUAAUAAAACUUUAAACCUAA